UGUGUGUGUGUGUGUGUGUGUGUGUGUGUGUGCUCACGGUGCCCCCAGAGGCAGCAGCCGGUCGAGCCGCGGUGGCAGGCCCGUGCGGCGCAGCAGAGGAUCGCCGGGUGGAGGGCCGGCGCGGUGGGGUUGGAGCUGCAGCGGGGUGAGCUCGCGGGCAACGCGCCGGCGCCACCGGAGAGCGCCGGGCCCGCCACCCCCGGCGCUCCAGCUAUCACCACGCUCGUGAUCAGCAACAUCCCGAUGGAUGCGACGCAGAGAGACCUCUUGGGCAUGAUCGACCGAACGGGCUUCGCGGACCGCUACGACUUCGCUUACAUGCCGAGAGAUUUCGAAGCCGGGACCGCCAAGGGGUACGCCUUCGUGAAUUUUGACACGCCCAGGACUGCUCGCGAGUUCUUCAGCACGUGGGACGGGUCGCAGCUGAUCAGGGCUGGAGCCGCCGCGCCCGUCCUCGAGGUGAGGGCGUCGGCGCUGCAGGGCUACGGAGAGAACGCCAGGAGGUGGACAGCGAGGCGGCUGCUCCGCACGAAGAACCCCGAGUUCCGCCCCUUCAUCGCCGAGAGGCCGGCUGCCGGAUAGACGGUCGUUGUGUCGAAGAGGCCAGCUGUGCCGGUUGCCAGUGGCCGGCGGUCGACCAGCGGAGGGGGCAGGGGAAGAGGAGAAGGAGCAGGAUGCCGCGCAACGCGUCCUUUGAGCGCUCGGACCCGCGGUUCGCGAGCGUUGCAUUGAAUCGCAUUCAUCGCGUGCAGACCAUUCGGCCGUUCGUUUUUGUACGGUUCCAAUUAUUUGUCCUUUUUUACAUGACUGAGCAAUUUCUUUCCACACGACGACUCGCUGUGCCUUGAUCUCUGCCACAUCCGCCGUGGUUGGGUUUACCCCAUCAGGAGAUUCAAGGGGUCGCGUUUGCGCGCGCGCGGCAUCGACAGGCCCUUCGGCGCGUCCCUUCGCACCGCUGGGCCGUCUUGCAGGCAACCUCCGAGCUUCGUCGCGUUUCCAGGGCCGCCCUGGUCAUUGUCGAGCUUCUUCCGUGUCCCCAUGAGCGGAGGAGCAGCGAGAUUACUGCCUUCACUGAUUUUGCCUCAUCAGUUCCAUGCCCAAGUGGACCCCGCAAUUGAUGUUGCGGUUCCAAGGGGUGCUGGGGCGUCCCUAACGCUCGUUCGGCCGCUGCCGAACUCACUGUGCAGGCGGCUCGCGAGAAAAGAGAGAUGGGAAGAGAAGGAGCUUUGUAAGCCCCGGAAACGGCAAGGCCGUUUUUUCACAGAUUUUUUAUGCCCCUUGAA